AUGCAUUCUGCAAGCCAAAGCACAGAGAGCUCAGCGGCUCAGCUGUGUGGGGCAGACACCCAUCUUCCCUCAAACAACUUCUCCGUCCUCUCCUACAACAAAGCCCGUGAUGGAGUCCUCAUCCCAACAACGAGGGCAUCCCACACGUAUUCUAUUGCGGAUGGGGCAGGCUGCAAGCGCAGAGGCCGAGAAAACGAGGCGUAUGAUGCGCAGGGCGGUGCAGAGGGCGGUGGGUCUUCACAGCCGAGGAAGCGGGCCCGGGCCAAGAAUUACAUCGAUGGCACGCCAAAUUCUCAACUGCCCGUGAAGUACGAUGCCAUCACACCGGCCGAUGUUAUGCUGGACUCCGCCGGUGGAUGGGCUGGUGACGGGGCCAAACCUGCUGGAGUCCAUCAUGUCUCCGGGUCGUCGUCAUCUUCAGAUAUAGAAAUGCUGUCAAGCGAGGCUGUGGUUGAGCAAUAUUCCGGGUUCUUGCAAGGCACACAGUAUCGAGACUUCGCUUACGAGUACACCAACCCACAAAUCGGCACACCUUUACCAGGUCAUCAACCUUUGGCAGAAGCGGCCGCCACCACAAUGCAUGCAGGCUCGCCGCAGUCGAUGUGCAAUCACAGCCUGCUUCUCUCUCAAGUAGGCACGCCGCUGCCACUGCCGCCGCCAACAACAGUCCAGCAGAUACGCUUCAGUUGCCCAGCGCCGUCUCCCUUCCGAUAUCCGUGGGAUACGGGUAUCCCGACCCCCAGAUUCGGAGACGACAGGCGCCUCCUGAACAGAGUUAAUUGCUUCGACACUCCACCGGGGACGCCACUUCAGGACAUAGCUGCAGCUGCUAGCCACGGAGAACGGGCGUGGGACAAAAUGGUUGGUUGCAAGUGUGACAUGUACGACGAGGACUGUGCGAUGGUCGAUGGUCUCUUUGAUACCGAGCAUGACUGUGAGAUGGCCUGUCAAGAAGAGGUGGACCUACGAGACGUUGAUAUCAACAUGGAUGGGGGUGAUAAAGACAUUGAUAUGCUCUUGUAG